UUUUGUCUUCUGUCUGGAGUUGAUUUUUUGUUUUGUUAGAGAGAGAGAGAGAGAGAGAGAGUUGAAAUCCGAACUUCUAAAUGAAUAGAGUACUCUCUGUUUUCUUUUUUGUGAGUACUUGUGGGCUGCAAAUGGGAUCAACUAGAAGCCAUAAUUGUACUCUCUAACAUUUGUUUGUGCUUGAUAACUGGCUGGAUGUAGUCUUAGUUGUACCCUUAUGUUCUUGUUGAAUGAAUUGUAUUCAUGUGAAAGAGAAAUGAAAGAGAUCUCAUUGCAGUUGUUUGGAAAUGUUGGCUCUGUUGGGACAUAUAAUAUAUGCUAAGUAAUAUAUGUAUGGGUUUUAUUAAUCCUCUUUCAUGGAGUGGUAAGUUAUAUUCAUGAGAGCAUAAAUCUAGUUUAAACUUUUCAUGGCAGGCAUAAAGACUUUAUGUUUCAACCCAUGCUCUCACCAAGUAUUUGCUGGAACCGCUACUGGAUAUGGAUUUUGUUGGGACCUAAGGAUGGGACUUUUGUGGAAGACACGAGUGAGUCAAAAUAGUGUAUAUUCAAUGCAACACCAGAGAAAUGAUGCAUCAACUUUGGCUGUUGGUGGAAUAGACGGUGUGCUACGUCUACUGAAUCAGAACACAGGUGAAGUAAUUUCAAGAUGCAUCUUGGACGGUUAUUUAUCACCAAGUUCACAAAACACACUUGGGGCUACACAAAGAACGAGGGGAAGAAGGCUUUCAGAAGAUACCGCCAUUGACAGCAUUCUCAGAAGCUGUCGACCUCCCAUUACGUGCUUGGCUGUAGGGAUGAAGAAGGUUAUCACCACACACAACAGCAAGUACAUCAGAAUCUGGAAAUUUGACUGAGGCUGAGAGGCGACUCUUUUUCCUUAGGUGUUGAUCUUGACUCUUGACUGAGGCCAUUCUGUUUUUGCUAGGAUAUGAUGAUAUUCAUGAUAAAUGUAGAUAUAUAAAGUUCAUGUUUUCAAUAUAGUUCUUGCUAGGAUAUGAUGAUAUUCAUGACUCUUGACUGAGGACAAACUACAACACUUUAUUCUUGAAAAAUGCAAACCUGUUUUCAAUAUA